UACUCAAAUUAAACAAGUAUGUACAUACAUUCAACCAUUUUAAUUUAUCCAAGUGGGGUCCUAGGACCCCACUCCCUUCCACCUCCCUCCGCCACUUUUCUUAGAGAUGACAACAAGUUUAGGGGAGAAAUUUUUUUCCUCUAUACCAUCCCCAAAUCAUCACAGUUUUAAAAUAGUUAUAAUCUCCGAAACAAAAUGUAAAUAGGAUUCAAUAUGAUAUAUUAAAAUUCUCAAAACAUCACAGUUUUAAAAUAGUUAUAAUCUCUGAAAUUAAAUGUGAGUGAAAUGUAAUAUGACAUAUUAAAAUCUACCUGCAACCAGAACAGAAAAAAACCUUCUUGCACUAUCCCAAACAACAUCUUAAGAUUUCUAACAUUUUUAGAAUUUUUUUAAUUAAGAUUUUGAUGUUAAAUUGAAACUUCUUAAAGUUCAUGUGCGGGAGAAGUGAGCGAGAGAUAAUGUACAUUGGGUCCUCGGACAUAAAUAUAAAUCUUAAAAGACAGUAGCGGAUCUUAUAAAUUUUAUUUAGUGGUGUCUCCUCAUAAAAUUAAAAUUAUUAUAAUCUAUUAUUUUUAGGACUAAUACCACUGGAAAACCCGAACUAUUAAUUUUGUGUCAUUUGUGUCCUAAAGUAUUCGAUACGACAUUUGUGUCCUGACGUAUGAUAGUUGUGUGUCAUUUACGUCCUGACAAUUUUGUUGACCGUUAUAGAUAACAGUUGACCAAAUAGUCAACCAUAAAAUGUUGACUUUUGGUUACAUGGCAUAUAUGUGGCAGCCACAUAUGCGCCACGUCAACUGCCACAUCAUAUUGUUAUUUUUAAAUUAAAAUUAAUAAUUAAAAUAAAAAAUAAUCUGUUCUUCUUCAUCUCUUCAUACCCGAACAAAGUCCCCUAAAAAAAAACCCACCCCUAUCCCUUCUUCCUCAUCCUUUAUUUGAUCAACCUCGCCCCUAUCCUCUCCGUCGAACUGCCGAAAGAAGUCAAGGAAGCCACUUUCCACUCCGUUCGCGAUCUGCUUCAACUCGUGGGGCGGUGGCUGCGUCGACCGUCGAAGUCAUUCUAUCUGACUCGAACAGCGACGGGACUCCAGUACGACCCGUAUUCUGUCUCAACGUCAAGAACGGCACGGACGUGCGCAAGUUCGACGCGAUUGAGGACUGCUUCAUCCUCGAUUUCGACCCUUACGAUCAGCCCGCCUCCGAUCAGAAAGUCAAGAACUUUACCCCUGAUGCCGACAUCGCACUGAUUUCCGAAAAGGGCCAGGUGGGUUUUCCCCGCUCUCGCCUCUCUCUCUCUCUCCCUCUCUGAUCGUAUCCCCGUGUUUCCCUAAAUUUGAUUAGCUCAAUUCGGAAUUAGGUACUUUUGGGGUUUUGAAUCUUUGUUCAAGGUGGCUUGUAGAGAUUAUCCCCAUGCUAGGCAUCUCUGUGCUGAGUUUCCAUUCGACAAGACUCCACACCAGAAAUACUGCUCCAAGUGUUACUACUACAUUUGCGAUACUUCUUGCGGUGAAUCAGGCGGGGAUUCUUCCUGAUCCUCGUAGUAGAGAGAGACGAAUCGGAUUGCACAGUUCUUUCAGCACGGCGAGAACUUUGGCGGCUGAGGUAAGGUAGAGACAGAUUCCGGCGGUAGUGCUCCCAGACCCUUAAAAGAUGUACGGCGAGAACUCCGGCGGCUGAGGUAAGGCAGAGACAGAUUUGGCUCGUUGACUCUCCUCGGAUUCGCAUCGACCGUCGCCGAAAUUGUUCCCCAGAGAUGCAGAUCUUCAGAUCUGAUUUUUUUUAUAACUUUUCUUUAUUUCUUUUUGUUAGUUUAUUCAUUUUUAUGAGAAAAUAAAUAUAAUAAAAUAAUAAAAAUUCCACGUCAGAUGCCACAUCAGAGCGGUGACUAGACUUUCUGUUAAAAACUAACGGUCAACGCCAGUCAACCAUAACGGAAAAAUAGUUUGGGACACAAUUGUCAUAUCGAAUACUAUAGGACACAAAUGACACAAAGUUAAUAGUUCGGGUUUCCUAGUGGUAUUAGCCCUUAUUUUUAAAAUGAAAAUAUUCUAAUAAU